AUGUCGGCCGACAUGUCGACUAGCUACGGCAGCACUUGCAUCUCGGCCGAGGCGCUCCAGGCGAUCAUGGACAAACGCAUGGUGCAAAGCGGCCGGAAGCCACAGUGGCACACGCACUUGCAGCGUCAGCUCAAGGGGUACGUGGACGCUCUGACAAAGCCGCACUUUGCGGAGGAGAGCAUUGCGUGCCUGCGCAUGUUCAGUGGCGAAGCGCUUGAGCCGCACGCCCUUCAGAUCAUCAAGGCCGCGCGCGAUGGCAAAUUGCACUUUCCGGUAGAGGCUCUCGCGCUGCUGGGCAAGCUCGAUGACCGCACGCUGGAGCUUCGCGCGGGCCGACUGGCGGAACUGCUCACUCACGGCUCGCCCGACGUUCGCUAUGGCGCGCUCUGCCUGCUCUCUCGGCUUCCGGCAGAGCGCUUGCUUCGUUGGCAGGACGCCAUCGGCAGCUUGCAGCCCGCCGAUGCGGCUGACGCCGCUGACGCGGUCAUUGAGUUCCACUGCAAGCCGCCCAACGAGGGUAAAUCCUUCUAUCGCUGCAACGCCGGCGGCCGCGGGCCAGGGCAGUGCUCGCACCUGUGGGUGUGGUCCCACGAGUGGGCCGCAUACCGGGUGCAGUGCGAGGCAUAUGCUGUGCCGGAAGCACCUGGGACAGGCGGCCCGGCACCGCCGGGCACCGCAUCCGCCGCAGCCGCCGCCGCCGCGACCGCUUCCGCCGCCGCCGCCGCCGCCGCCACUGCCUCCGCCGCGUCCGCCGCCGCGGCCUCUUCGGGGCAAAAGAGGAGCCGAUCAUCUGCAGGCUGCUCGAGCUCAAACUGGCCGCCCAGUUCGCCGGCCAAGAGGCCUGUUCCGGAGCACGCCGCUCCGGUGCAAGUGUGCGCCUCUGGAGGCUUCAUGAGCGGUGCCGAGGUGCAGCAGCAGCUCCACCGGCAGCAGAUGCUGGCUCCAAGCAUGGCACCGCCGCCUCCUGCGUCGCCUCAGCCGCCGCCGCGCCCACCGCCGCCGCGCCCACCGCCGCCACGCCCACUGCCGCCGCGCCCACCGCCGCCGUCGCUGCCGCCGCGGCCGCCGCCUCAACAACAGCCGUCGCCGCAGCACCUCAUGCCGCCGCCGCAGCUGUACCAGCAAAAGAGGCCGCCGCCGCCUCAGCACGGUGCGUCGGCGCAGCAGCAGCGGCAGCCACAACGGCCGCCGCCCCCGCAGCGACAGCCCGCUGUGCAGCCGCGGCAGCAGCUGCGAGGCGAGCAGCAGCGUGCGCCGGGAGCGCACGCGCCCGCCUCCUUCUUCCGCUCGGGCGGAGGUCGGCCGCUCACCGUGUCAGCCUCCGGCCUCGAGCGCGGCAAUGCAAUGGUGGAGGCGGCGGAGAGCAUGAGAAGCGAGGGCGCGACCGUUGCGAGCACUGCCCCCGGCGGCAGCCUCCUCGUUCCCGCCUCGGUGGGGGCGCGAGGGGCAAGCAGCUCGUCGGCGCCGCCCCAGCGGCCGCUGAAUCGCAACUUGAGCCAGCGGUCAGACCCGAGAGCCUUCCGCGCCCCACGUGCGAGCCAGGGGAGGCCGCCUCAAGCAGCGGCGGCGCAGCCACAUCCGCCGCUCCCGCAGCCGCCGACACACCCGCCGCUCCCGCAGCCGCCGCUGCCGCCCCGUGCGCCGGCCCUGCCACUGCAGCAUCGUCUGCCGCCGCGGCCUCCGCCGAGUCAGCCGCAGCCGUCGCAGCGGCAGCUGCAGGCUCAGGCGCAGUGGCCUCAGCCGUCGCCGGUGAUGGCGCGUUCCAGCCCCCACCACCAGCCGCUGCCGCCGCCGCCCUGGCCGCCGCCAGUGCCUCCGCCGGCCCCGCCACGCCAGGCCGGGGCGACGGAGCUGCGGCUCUGCGCCCCGCCGGCGCGAUCCGUUGCGAGCCAGCCCGAGGUCGCCACGGUGCAGCAUGGCCGGCCGCCGCCGCUGCAGACGCCGUCCCAGUCGCGAGUGGCUGCUGCUGAGGAGGAAGAGUGCAGGCUCUCCGACGUGCUGGCUCUCGCCGACGCGAUGCCGACGGCGUUGCCGCUCGGCGUGGCCGGCGAGGCGUCACCGGACUCGCAGCCUCUUGCCCGCUCCUGCCCGCCGGCGCCGCCCCAGGAGCUGGACCUCUCGAUCGAGGCGAUGGGCAGGCGGCUCGGCGUGCCGGCGCCGGUGGUCGACGCUUGCAGAGCCGAGCUCCGCGUGACUGCGCUGCACCGGUGGCAGGCCGAGUGCCUCUUGCUGCGCGGCGUGCUGGAGGGGCGCUCGCUCGUCUACUCGAGCCCCACCUCGGGCGGGAAGUCGCUCGUGGCGUGGCUGCUGGUUGCGAGGAUGCUGGCGACGCGCAAGAAGAAGGCGCUGAUCGUGCUGCCGUUCGUCUCGCUCGUCGAGGAGGUCGGCGCGACGCUGAGCGGUCUGCUCGCCAAGCUCAAGGUGUGCCGCACCGCCAAGAAGAAGCGGAAGAAGGGCAUGGCCGCCUUGCCGCGGCCGGUGCGCGUCGAGGUGUGCCACGGUGCGCGCCACUCCGCCAACUUCGACAAUUGCGACGUCGCCGUCUGCACCAUCGAGAAGGCGCACCUGAUCGUCAACAAGCUCGUCUUCGACAAGCAGCUGCACGAGCUCGGGGCGGUGGUGGUGGACGAGGUGCACCUGCUGGGCGACCCCAGCCGCGGCCACCUCCUCGAGCUCCUCCUCGCCAAGCUGCUCUUCGCACAGGCGCCGCCGGCCGGCCAGGGCGUCGCGGGAGCGGACGCAGGCGGCGCGGGCGGAAGCUCGGCCGGUGCCCGCGACGCGCCGCGAGGCACGCAGGUGGUGGCCAUGUCGGCAACCCUCCCCAACGCGGCGCAGAUCGCCGGCUGGCUGCACGCGGCGGUCAAGGAGGCCGACUUCCGGCCGGUCGCCCUCAAGCAGUACACUUUCAGCCUACGGGGCGGCCAGCUCGAGGCCGUUCCUGCGCCGGCCAGCGCCGGCGCACCGCACGGGCCAUCGCGAGGGCGCGCGAUGGUGGGGCGACGCCUCCUCGGACCGCUCACGCCCAACGACGCCGGCUGCCUCGGCGCGCUCUGCGCCGAGGUUGCGCACAGUCUCAACGGGCCGCAGGACGUGUUGGUCUUUUGCCCGACCAAGAAGGGCGCCGAGGGCGCGGCGGCGAGGGUGGCGGCCGCCUUUGGCGAGAAGGGCCUGCGCGCCCCGCCCGAGGUGCAGCAGCAGCGCGUGGCGCUCCUCUCGGAGCUGGAGCGAGCCAUGUGGCCGCUGGACCUGCGGCAGCUGGGCGAUGAGCCACCGCCGAGCCUGCAGGCGCUGCGCAAGACGCUGCCGCACGGUGUCGCCUUCCACCACGCCGGCCUCGACAACGAGGCGCGGGAGCUGGUUGAGAUGGGCUUCCGCCGGCCGGGCACCGUCUGCGUCCUCUGCAGCACGUCGACGCUCUCCGCCGGGGUCAACUUGCCGUGCUCCCGCGUGGUGAUCACCUCGUGCCAAGACUACGGCGACAAAGGCUGGCAGUUCCUCAAGUCGACGAGGUACCGCCAGAUGUCGGGACGUGCUGGCCGGACCGGGCUCUGUAGCCAGGGCGAGUCGAUCUUGUGCGUGGAAAACGACACGGAGAAACGCAAGGCGGAGGAGAUGAUGCGCGCGCUGCCCGAGCCCCUCUGCUCUCACCUCGGCGAGGCCGCCCCGCACGCGCUGUGCCGCUUCGUCCUCGACGCGGUGGCUUGCGGUCAAGCGUCCGACAGCAGCCGGCUGCGGCAGGCUCUGUGCUGCACGCUCGCGCACCAUCAGCUGCGCGUGAGCGAGCACCCCGAUGCGAGGAGGGCGCUGGACGACGCCAUCGGCGCCCAGCUGGCGUGGCUCACCGCGCGGAGGCUGCUCUCGCACAAUGCGCAGACGCUCACCUGGAAGCAGACCACGCUCGGCCAGGCCGUCUUCCUCUCCGGCCUCCACCCGGCCGAGGCGGUGGAGAUGCACGACGCGCUGCAGGCGGCGCUCAGCCACUUUCAGAUGGGCGACGACCUGCACCUCAUCUACCUGAUGGUGCCGUCGGCCGAGAAGGUCAAGGAGCUCUUCCGUGACACCGGCGAUGCCGGCGACGCCCGCGACAGCACCUACCGCUGGGGCCAGCUCGGCAAGCAGCUCGACGAGCUCACUCCCGCGCAGCGCAAGGUGGCCGAGGUGUGCGGCGUCGACUACGAGUACGUGCGGAUGGUGCAAGGGUGGCGCGGGUCCGUGGUCAGCCCCGACGCGGCGCGCAAGGUGGACGCGUGCUCCAAGUUUUGGGCGGCGCUCAUGCUGCGGCGCCUCAAUCGCGGCGACACCUUCUCCCGGGUCUCGUCCCGGUUCGGCGCGUCGGCCGGCGAGCUCGAGAAGCUGCAGAAGGACGCGGCUGCACACGCAAGCCGCUUCCGGACCUUCUGCUUUGAGGCGGGCUACAGCAACGUGGCCAACCUGGCGGCCUACUUCUUACAGCGCGUCGAGGGCGCGGAGGACGGGCCGAGCGCCCUCGCCAUCCAGGGCAUCGCGCAGGUUGGCCCCAAGCGUGCCAGGGCCCUCAUCCGGGCUGGCUUCAGCUCGGUCGAGCGGAUCGCCCAGGCGCCGCACGACGCGCUGCUGGGUGCGCUGCAGAAGGGCGAGAGCGGCGCGGACGCCGCGGUGCUCGCCGCAGCCGUCGGGAGGAUUCGGAGGGGCGCGGCCCGUCUCGCGGCCGCAGACGGGCCGGCGCAGCCGGGCCGGCGCUCGUCUCUGGGCGCGCCGGGCCGGCGAGGUUCCCUGCCCUUCGAGAUUGUGCCGGUUGGCAGCCGCUUCGGCGCGUGGGACGCCUUCUUCGAGGAGUGGCUCCGGGCGCCCGUCUUCUCCUGGGCCGCCCUCACCGCGGACGCCGGCGGCAGUGCGAUGCUCCAGGGAAUCGCCGUCUGCCUCUGCCCCGACAAGGUCUUUUGGGUGCCCCUUUACGAGCCUCCGCCCGGGCCUGCUCCCGAGGGGGCGGAGCCGCUCGAGGCGGCGGAGCCGCUCGAGGCGGCGGAGCCGCUCGAGGCGGCGCCCCGCCUCUCUCCGCAGGAGAGGCGACCAGAGAGGCGGCUUCGCUCGCGCUUCGUCGAGGGUGUGCGGAGGGCUUUUGCAAGCAGCAGGAGGAAGGUCGGCCAUGACGUGGCGCCGCUCCUGCCGCUGCUCUCCUCGCUUGGCGUGCGUCUCGAGCCGCCCGUCAUCGACACGAGCCUCGCUUGCGCGCUGCUCUCCCCUGGACAGAGCGCCCCCCGCGAGCUUGCCGCGGAGCUCUCCUGCUGGCCCGACACGCCCUCGGCGCUGGUGAGCGUCGCCGCGUCGUGUGCGGGCCACGAAGAGGCGUGUCUGCGCGCGGCGCAGGCCCUUUGCUUGGUGGAGCGCGUGUCGCGGCCGCUGUGGGACGAGCGGCUCGAGGAGCCGUUCAGGCUUCUCUGCAGCCUGUCGAGCUCCCCGGUGCUGCAGAGGCUCGGGCAGGGCGUGCUGCGGCUGAGCGCUCGGGCAGUGGAGGCCUUCGAGGCAGCCGCUCGGGACCGGAUGGCUCUGCUCGAGCGGCUGGCCGCGCCGCUGCUCGACGAGCUCAACCCCGGGCUCGAGCUUGCGACGCUGGCUCAGACGGGUCGGGCGGACGACGCAAGCGCGGCGUCGCUGGCGCCCUCUCUCGCAUCCCUGACGCCCGGCGCGGUCCAGCGGCUGCACGCCGUGUGGGCGGGCGUCGACAGCGGCGAUGCGAUGGCCUUCGGUCCGAGCGAGGAUGCGCAGGUCGACGCGCUGCUGCGACGAAGCGCUUGGCGCCACCGGCUAGCGUUGCUUCUGCUCGAGCUGCGCUGGCUCAAGGCCCAGGUGCAGGCCGUUGACUCGCUUCGCCGGACGGAGCAGCCGCGGGGCGGAGGUGAGCUCCGGCUGCAGCUGCGGCCCGACCCCUUGCGCGGCGGGCUGUGGCCUGCGCGGGACGAGAUGGCUGCUUUCGUGGACCUCGCCUGCCAGCCGAGCCCGGCUUGGGUCGGUGCUGCGGCCGCCGAGGAGGGCGGGUGUGCCCCCGACCCGCGGGCUGGCGAGGAGCUGCCGGCGGGCGCGUUGUUGCCGGAAGGACCGGCAGCGCGCACACCGUGGCACCUCGCCGGCUGCCUCGAGUCGCCGUCGACGGGGUGCGAGACGCUCGUCGUGCGCGUGCCUGAGCUAGCCCUCCUGAUGCUGGCACACCACGCCGCAGACGAGCACUUGCUCGCGGCGGCGGCGGAGGCGGCCGCUUCUCCGGGCGGAUCUCAAGCUUGCGAGUUUGUCGCCCGCACGGCAGCUCGCAUGCUCCGGCGACCGGCGGACGAGGUGGAGCCCGCGGCCGUCGAGCGCAUGCGCCAGCUGUGGUCGGGUCUUCUCGGCGGGUGGGUGGAGCCUCGCGCCGAACCCCCUGCCGGCCCGGCCGAGGCGCAGGCCGAGCCGCCGGCUGUCAGACUCCUCUCCGCCUUUCCGGGGGUGGCCGCCGCUCUCCUCCAGCACGGCAGAGCCGAUGUUCUCCGAUCCGCCUCUGGCCGCAAACUGCCCACCGACAGCCUCCGCUCCGCACGCGUGCAUGAACGGGCGAGUGCUGCGGCCGCGGCGCUCGGCCGAGUCUGUGAAGCCUCUGCGCGCGACGUGCUCACCGCCGUCCUGCACCGCAUUGCGCCGCGCCUGGCCGCCGUCACCGCAGCCGGCACCGUCUCCUCCACGGCCGAUGGGGGCGAGCCAGUGAGCUGCGCGCGGCUGCUCCUGCAGGCGCCCUCCGAGCUGCGCUUCUCCGUGCCGGCGGGAGCCGCAAACACCUCGGGGGCCGGCCUGCUGCCAGAGGUGCAAGCGACUUUGGACAGAGUGGCAGGGGAGUGGGGCCUGAAGGUCGCGCUCCGGGGCGAGGUGUACGUUGGGUCUUGA